CGCUGCGCAGCGGAGGUGAGCUCUCACAUUACUGAGCGCACAAGAGGAGAAACCACAUAACAACCGCUUUUCUCACAUAUUUUUUAAGCAGUUUUCAGAGUUUUCUCCGUAUCCGUGUGUUAUUAUUAUUAUUAUUAUUAUUAUUAUUAUUUUAUUCAGUCCAAACAGGGACUGUAAAGGUGUCGCGCACGGAGCAGCUGGACGACGAAGGAUUCCUCUCUUCUUCUUUUUUGUUUAUUUUUUUUUUUUUAAAUCUCUUGUGGACUGGUGUUAAUUAGACAUGCCUGUCUGUCCGUGGCAGACAUGAGGCAGUAGUCUUAUGCCCGGCAUCCCGCGGCCGCCGCUGCGCCUCCCGGCUGGGUCUCUAUGGAGAGGGGGAGCUCUCCGCUCCUACGCAGCAGCAGCAGCAGCAGCAGCUCCUGGACUCACCCGCGGCCGAGGCCACUCCGCCACUGUUGACGACUUCACCGACCCGGGCUGCGGAGGACGGCGCACCUAACCCCAUUUGAAUGCCUUUGCAAGGAGUUUGCUGGUUUCUGUGCUGCAGACAGGGCUUCAGCUUGCUGGGACGCGACUAUGGGGAGAAAGAGGAGGAAGAGUCGUUUGAAUUGCGCAACAAGGAGGACUUGACUCCCAAUGGACGGACUCCAGCUGAGGUGACUGUUUCUCAGCCAACGCGCACAGCCAACGGGACGAAUGGGCACACUGUUUCUGAGGCGCCUGACGAGAUGAGGAGCCUGAUCAUCGAGAAGAGCAAGAUGGGCCUGGAGGAGGACCCCGAGGUGCUGGUGAAAGGCUGGCUGUUACUGGAGGUGCGGGGCAAGUGGAUCAAGCAGCGGCGGUACUGGUUUGUGCUGAGCCAGGACUCGCUGGACUACUACAUGGGGUCGGAGAAAGGCGCCCGCAGACUGGGCACGCUGGUCCUCACCAACCUCUGCUCCGUCAUCUGGCCGGACAAGCAGACGUACAAGGAGACAGGUUACUGGAGCAUUACAGUUUAUGGGAGAGCGCACUGCUACAGGCUGUUCACCAAGCACUUCAAUGAGGCCGUGCACUGGGCCUGCGCCGUCCAGAAAAUCAUUGAUACCAAAUCGCCCGUGGAAACGCCGACGCAGCUCCUGAUCCGAGACAUCGAGGAGAACAAGUUCAACCCCGAGGUGGUGGAACACAUCUACCAGCACAACCCCAUCCUGAAGUACACCCAGGGGCCGCUGUACGCGCCGCUGCUGCCCUUCCCCUACGGCAGCCUGGAGCACACAUACCACAGUGGGAAAGGCUACGGCUCGGUGCGUGAGGAGGCCGUCAAGCUCUUCAACUGCCUGCAGCAGCUGGAGUCGGCGCGGGAGCCGGUUCCCAUCAUCCAGGGCGUGCUGCAGACCUGCCUGGACCUGCGGCCGCUCCGCGACGAGGUCUACUGCCAGCUGGUGAAGCAGACCAGCUACACGCCCUCGCCGUACACCGCCGCGCAUCUCCGUUACUGGCAGCUGCUCACCUGCAUGAGCUGCACCUUCCUGCCCGGGCCCACCGUGCUCAAGUACCUACGGUUCCACCUCAAGAGGAUCCAGAGCCAGAGCCCCGAGUCGGAGAUGGACAACUACGCGUCAUUCAUCAGCGAGGCCCUGGAGAAGACCAAGUUUCGGGAGAGCGUGCCAUCCUGGGAGGAGAUCCAGAUGCUGAUGAGCCGACAGGAGAUGCUGUGCACGGUGCACUACCCCGGCCCCGGGUCCUGCCAGCUCUACAUCAGCUCCCACACCACUGCCAAUGAGCUGGUUCGGAGGAUGCAGGAGAAGCUGGGCCUGCAGGACAGCAAGAACACAUUUGCACUGUACAAGCAGAACGCACUGUGGGAGCAGCCGGUCGCGGGCGGCGCGCUGAUCGCAGACAUCCUGACCAGCCUCACCGCCAAAGAGCCAGAGUCCAAAGCCCAGUGGAAGCUGUGCUUCAAGCUCUACUGCCUGCUGGACGCUGACAGCAUAUCAGUGGACAGCAUCGAGUAUUUCUUCCUCUUCGAGCAGUGCCAUGAGAUGGUGGUGCGCGGCCAGCUGCCGGCCUGCGAGGAGGACCUGCAGGCGCUGGCCGCCCUGAGGCUGCAGUGCCUGGUGGGGGACUUCAGCACGCACGCCCCCUGCCCGCCGCUGGACGAGCUGUUCCCGGGCGACACGCUGGAGGCCCGGGUCCUCAUGUCGCUGGCGGCGGCGCCGGGCUGCCCCGCCGCCCAGCGCUUCCACACGGGCCUCCUGGCGGGGACGCUGUGGAGCCACGCGGCGGCGGCGGCGGCGCACAAGCAGAGGGUGGAGCAGGACCUGCGCCUGCGGAGCCGGCUGAAGGAGGAGGCGGCCGCCGUCAUGGGAGCCAUCCUGGAGCGCUGGAAAGGGCUGGCCGGCUACAGCCGCAGGGACAGCAUCGCCGCCUACCUCACCAUCGCACGCCAGUGGUCGGGCUUCGGAUGCACUCUUUACGAAGUGGACUUUUAUAUCAGCUCGACGGGGAGCUUCUCCCAGAAGCUGUGGCUGGGCGUCGCCGCUACAUCCGUGUCUCUGUACAAGCAAGGCGAGUCGGAGGCGCUGGAGUCCUUCCCUUACGGGCAGAUCUGCUCCUACGGCGUCUCCGACAGCAACACCUUCAAGAUCACAGCUGGAGAUCGGGAUCUGCUCUUCGAAACCACCAAGCUGACUGAGAUCAUGCAGCUGAUGAAUGCGUACUUCAGUGCCAUCCAUCGCCAGCGAGGCAAAGGGGAGGACUCGGACCUCGCCAUCACCGACGGGACGGAGGUGGGCUUCCGCCGCCUGGGCUCGGCGCCGCCCCCGGCCCUCCUGGAGCUGCCCUCGCACCCGGUCUGAAGAGGA